CCUUCUAACAAUUUGCAGAAGUGCUUAUGCGCAUGCGGGGGUCAGGGUUGACAGUCUCCACACAGUCGUGGAAGGAGUUCGGCGGCUAAGCUAACUGCAACCACCGCAACUAGCUAGCUACAUGUGGAGGGUAAAACGGGAAGCAUCCCCGACCCUAACUCUGUCAAAAUCCCUCUUUUUUACCCAAAACAACUCUAAAGUUCAGCCUCGUCGAAUAUAAGGGAUAUUAUCUGUUAACAAUGAAAGGUAGCCGGAUCGAGCUGGGGGAUGUUACGCCCCACAACAUUAAGCAGCUGAAACGCUUGAACCAGGUCAUCUUCCCUGUCAGCUACAACGACAAGUUUUACAAAGAUGUACUGGAAGUUGGAGAGCUUGCAAAGCUAGCAUACUUCAAUGACAUUGCAGUGGGUGCUGUGUGCUGUAGAGUGGACCACUCUCAGAACCAGAAGAGACUGUACAUCAUGACACUUGGCUGUCUAGCACCCUAUCGUAGACUUGGAAUUGGUACAAAGAUGCUGAAUCAUGUGCUAAACAUCUGUGAGAAGGACGGCACUUUUGACAACAUUUACCUUCAUGUGCAGAUCAGUAACGAGUCAGCCAUUCACUUUUACCAGAAGUUUGGCUUUGAGAUCAUUGAAACAAAAAAGAAUUACUACAAGAGGAUAGAGCCCGCAGAUGCCCAUGUGUUGCAGAAGAGUCUGCGCAGCCCAUGCGCACUGCCCACCGGAGAGCUUCAGAAGGCAGAGUAGAGGCACAGCGAUUGGAAAAAGCACAUAUGUGCCCGCCUCUACAGAAACAGAACUGUGACAAAUGCCCCAGGGUCGACACAUUAAACACUUUCUUCAAAGGACGCUAAAAAGAGAAAACAAAUUUAAAGUACAAAAAAAGCUGCAUUUAUUUUGCAAAGGAGUCCCCUUUGAUUUUUGCAUAUUUUACUGCUCCCCUCUCCUCAUACAGAUAAUUGAAAAUGACUAAAAGCUCAGUAUCCAAAAGUGCUCCGAUUGACAAAGUUGCCAACUUCAGAAAGUUUAAGAAUUAGGGGAGGGUGUGGUGAUUGCAAAUUAUAUUGUUUGUGUUUGAGUUGUUUUUAUGCGGUUAUAAGGCUAAUGGGGACGUAUCUAUACUGUUGAGCAAAAGAAAACAGUUGGUUUAAAGCUGUAAAAGUGUUUGAAAGACCAUCAUUGACACAUGUAAGUACCAGCUGGUCAGCUUGGAAUGAUGCUUUGAGUUGUUAAAUGGAAAGGUCACAACUCUAUUCCCUCACCACCGAACCCUGGGAUUUAUGAAAUAAUAAGUCUGACCAGCUUGUUCAUAUGUCAUGUCCAGAGAGGAAAAGCAGAAAUGUAUCCCUCGGUUCUGAUGUUAAGAAAGCUGAACUGUUCUGAGGUGGUGGGAAAACGAGGUCAUCACUCAUAUUUUCUGAAUAACUUUAUUUUCCAGCCUGUUAAUUUAACUACCCGUCAACUUUUUUUUUUUUACAUUAAAAUGGCAAAUGGUUCAGAGGUUCUCCUGGGUUUACUACUAAGAGUGAAAACAAAGAAUGAAAGUAGUAACAAAAUAUUGAAUGCGUUUCUGAGAAAGGUGCACUACAUCUUGUGGGAUGUUUGAAUAACAAAAGAUUGGCUGUUUGGGAUUGGUUAUGGGCAUUAUUUUCAGUAGUAAAAUGAAGGUGUGGGCGGAUGUGUGUGUCUAAACACAUGGAAGUGUUUUGAGACAUCUUACCUUAAAACACCUUACAGAAUUUGUCUUUUCUAACUACCUGCCUCAGCUUCUGUCAAACACUAUUAGGUUUGGAAGCUCAGCUAAAGUUUUGGUAAGGUCUCUUAAACUGUGUUUUACCCAGAGGAAUCUCUGUCCCCUCUGCAUGCAAGGAGAGUUGUGUCCUCUCUACUGUAGUAUAAGCAUGUUUUUUCCUUUCUUUGAAGAAUUUUAUCUUUUCUGGAGCUCUAUAUUGUAAGACUUUUUAACGUCUAAAUAAAGGAUUACUAUUUGCAGUAAA